CUCGACGAGAGGUGACCCGCUUCGGUCCUGGUGUGAACGAGGCCGUCAACAGCCUUCGCAAGAUGCCGGGCGGAGAUGACGGAAUCAAAUGUCUGGCGGAUCUCAUCUGCGGAUCGGUCACCAUGAGCGCCGACACGGGCCACCACGUACGUCUGCUCGUGCUGGGCGGCCCGCAGGUGGGCAAAACGUGCAUCUGCCGCCGCUUCCUGCACAACGAGUUCGACGAGCGGUACAAGCCGACGCUGGAGGAGCAGUACUCGCGGACCUACCAAAUGAGCGGCACCAGGCUGCGCGUCGACAUACUGGACACGUGUGGUGAUAACAGCUUCCCGGCUAUGAGGAGGGUGUCGAUCGUGAACGCGCAGGCGAUCAUGCUGGUCUACAGCGUCGACAGCUACGCCUCGUUCCUGCAAGCGAUCGACGUCUUCGCCGAGAUCCGGGAGCUUCGUGACGACUUCCGCGAGAUCCCAACCUUCCUGGUCGGCAACAAGAGUGAUGUGGCCGCACUGCACCGCGAGGUCAGCAGCCGCACCGCCUCCAGCUGGUUCUACUCCAAGAUGUCGCGCAACAGGGGUCGGUUCACCGAAUGCUCAGCGCUGACGGGCACCAACGUGGCGGACAUCUUCCACGUGUACCUGGUGCUGGCGGGCAUCCCGCUUCCCAGCGCGGGCCCCAAGCGGCAGCUCUCGCUGCGCCUGUCGCGCAAGCGCAGCGAGAGUCCGCCGGUGCACUUGUCGCCGCAGCGCACGCCCGCCCAGAUCGGCGAGGCGGCCAUGGCGGACGAGUGCUCGCCGCUCAGUCGACUGAAGCCGCGCAGCAAGAGCCUGAUCCGUCGCUCCCUGUCCAAGAAGAGCCGGUCUGUCGAUCGGAGGUCCGACGACUGCGGCGUGCAGUAAGCGCGCCGGGAAGCGCAAGUUUCGGAGGUGAAAGUUAGAGGGCAGUGAUCUUUGCUACUCGCGGUCGCCACAAGGGGGCGGUGGCGCAUUCACCGAUGACCACCCCCGAAAAACUGGAGUGGAAGUGAUGCAUUUACUGCUGUCCAGUGGUGACCGUCAGCACGUCGGCUGUUUACGGUGGAAGCAAAGCUCCGUCUCGGCAUGGAUUUUGCCAAUUAUCCGGUCGCGGUUGGGGCCAUCCCGAUUGGCUGGUGGUGAGCGAGAAUGCAGGACAUGCGUCGAUUGUCCCUGGGAAGUAUACCAGCGCUCAUUUCUUGCGUGAAGUGCUGUCAGAUCUUGAACAGGCGAUCAAACUUUUUGGCAGCGAGAGUGGACUGGCAUGUUCCAAACGGGCUCGAGUUUGGAGCUUUGAUAUCAACAUAUCUAAGAAGUAACGCCACAAUAGCAGGUUUACUUGAAAGUUGGUUGGAGCGAUCGUGCUUCAUUUUUAACGCGCUAUUGUUCAUACGUGUGCUCAAUUAUCCAAGCUGACAUGUUUGCUGCAAGGGUGCCGCUACAACGGACAAAGUCGUUGAAGGACUACGCAGCACCUAUAUGCUCUGGGUAGCCCCAACGAAUAUUAUUCCUGAAAUGUCGGACAGACAGCGAGUGCGUGCGAAAUACGCUGUCACUGUGCUAUCGUCUUCGCUAUUUGCGGUACAGAAGUGAAAGAAGUUUAAGUCUUUUAAGUCCCGCUCCGUGACUUUGGCAAGUACGCGUCGGGCAAGUCACUGUCUCUGUCAGCUCGCGCACGUAGGCUCAACGAGGAACGGUUGAUCGUGGAACUGUGCGAGCUGUGAUCCUGUUUUCCCGUGUCCAGUGUGAAUCAAAAUGCAGCUUCGGCUGAGCGGACGGGUGUUUGUUAAUGCUGUAGUGUGGGUAGCGUUGCUGAAUACUUGUCCCACCAGAGUCCGAUGUGCAGCGCGGAUUAAGGCCGUUGCCGUUGGGUUGAAAUGUAUUUCGCAUGUCGUCCGAGGUGUGACGAUCAUAAUUUUUGACGGUGUACAGGUAGAGACUUUGCGCAUGUAUGAUCCAACUUGAUUGGCUGAGGACGCGCUGUCAGUAACAGUCAGAUUGUCGUAAGGUGACGUGAGGCCGAGGCGCUGUUGUCGUAAGGUGAGGUGAGGCCGAGGCGCUGUUGUCGUAAGGUGAGGUGAGGCCGAGGCGCUGUUGUCGUAAGGUGAGGUGAGGCCGAGGCGCUGUUGUCGUAAGGUGACGUGAGGCCGAGGCGCUGUUGUCGUAAGGUGACGUGUGGCCGAGACGCUGAAGAGCAGGACACGAUGUGAGACUGCUUUGACGGACUUUUGACACUGGCGGAUCCAAGAGGCUCUGCUGUGGCUUGGAGGUAACUGGAUCAGUGUUUGCUCUUGAAUAUGCUGUGAUCCUCCGUCAUUGCUACUGUAAUAGACUCGAUGUAGUUGAUGUCCAU